AUGGGUCCGGAUACUCAAACAUCAAAUCAUACGCAACACAUCGACAGAAAAGUGGCUGAUAACGGUGAAGCCGCAGACUAUUCUUUGGCUCUAAUUGACGAGGACCUCGUACGAGCCGAAAACGAAGACAAGUUAACCGUAUACCUAUGCUUCUUAAUCACCGCUGCUGCCAUUGCUGGCUUCUUAUUCGGUUAUGAUACCGCUGUUGUUGGCGUUGCUUUGCCUUUGAUUGGUACCGACCUCGGCAAAGAGUUGUCAGCGUCCGAGCAAGAAAUCAUCACCGCAGGGACUACUAUCGGCGCAAUCUUCGGGUCCGCUAUUCUCGGAGCCUUUGCCGAUAAAUGGGGCCGAAAAUGGUGUAUCACGAUUGCCGACGCUUUCUUCACGGUUGGUGCGGUUCUUAUCGCUUCAAGUUACUCUCUUGGGCAGAUCAUUGUCGGUCGAUUGAUCCUUGGUGUAGGUGUGGGCGGAGCUGCUGUUAUCGCUCCCCUGUACAUCACAGAACUUGCGCCAACUGCUGUGCGGGGUAGAUGCAUUGGAGUCAACCUACUCAGCGCACUCUUCAUUCCUGUUGGUCAAGUCGUCGCGGAUGCCAUCGGCGCUGGUGUGCAAAAUAUGAAGCACGGUUGGCGUUUGCUUUUCGCGCUUGGUGUGGUGCCAUCCAUUGUACAAUUAUGCCUGAUGCACUGGCUGCCCGAAUCGCCUCGGGUCUCCAUAUUGAAAGGCAGGACCGAUGAAGCUAGAGCGACGAUGCGAAAGGUAUAUCAGGAUGCCCCGGAGGCCCAAAUCGAUUUCAAAAUCAGAGUGGCCGAGGAAUAUGUUGCUGCGACCACGAAACUUCAACGAGAUUUGACACUAUCACAGCGUGUUUCCAAAAUCUGGAAAACUAAGGCUUACCGUAGACCAAUCAUCACCGUUUCUGGUCUUCAAUUCUUCGGACAAUUGACCGGUUUCAAUGCUUUGCUGUACUAUGCAGGCACUCUUUUCGGUCUCCUUGGUCUUUCCAACCCAGCAUUGGGUGGUUUGAUCCCUGCUGGUGUCAACGCUCUGUUUUUGUUCAUUGGUAUGUCUGUCGUUGACAGAGUUGGGCGUAGAGGUCUAUUGAUUUGGUGUGUGCCGAUUAUGAUUGCCGGACUGGUUUGGUGUGUUGCUGGGUUUUACUUCAUGUGCAAGCCUACUGGUGGUCUGCUCGAUACCUCCUAUUCCUACAGCACAACCAACAUUGGUGUCGUGAUCGGUGGCAUAGUCUUCUUCGUGAUGGGCUACGGCAUGUCAUAUUCUCACUUGAUCUGGUAUCAAUCGGAAUUCCUCGCACUCGAAAUUCGUGCUGCCGGUUCUGCUAUAGCCACUACAACUUGCUGGAUUGCCAACUUGAUCGUCUCCGUCUCUUAUCUAUCUGAGCUGGAAACUCUCACUCCCGCCGGUACCUACGGUCUGUACCUUGGUUUCGUGGUAACCGGUUAUAUCUUCGUCCUGUUUUGCUUUCCAGAGUCGAAGGGGUUGUCCAUUGAUGAGAUCGCCACGGUCUUCCACGAUGGAUUCGGAAUUCGAAAAUCGACUGAAAUGCGACAUCAAAAAGCUAAACUCCAGGCUCAAUGGAAGAAAGAGAAUGAGCAAACGCCCGUACAUGAUAGGCAACGUAAGGCGAAGGAGACGGCUCAUCUAGAGUUCGCUAUGAGGCCCACUAGAGGAUUCAGAGACGACAUGAACUCUAUUGCAGGGUCGGAUCAUUGA